CAGCAACGCCCGUACAAUUAGAAGGUAAAUUAAGAAACACAAUUUUCAAGGUAAACCACCCUCUGUAACAGAGACAAGCUCGAUGUAUUAUUAUCGCUUUAGUUAUAAAAACUUAAGUGUUACAUGUGCAUGUACAGCUGUGGAAAGGCGGAUGAUUAGUAUGUGUCACCUUGAUCUCUGAUUGAAUGUUUCGUAAAUGGAACAUUUCUAACGGAUUCAUGUGUUAGAAGUGAUUAAUUGUCUCUACGUGUAUAUAAUAAAAUAUGAAGCUUUCAGAAGUUGCUUAUUCAUGUAUGCGUGCGAGCGUAUGUCCGUUUGUCUGUCUAACGUUCGUAACGUUUGACGUGCAAACAUUAUGGCGGUAAUAACGAUUCCCGUAACCGCACAAAUUGCACCGCGAAAGUUUACGAUUGCAGUAUAACUCAGCGUGAGUACAAAAAAGAAUUUUAUUUAGCUUUUCUACUUCACGUUUUUUCCACGCGCGGCGAAAUUAAUUCGAACAAAUUAAAAAACAAAAACUAUUCAAUGAAAAGUACUUUAUACACGUUAAGAUACAUGCAUCUUGCAUUAAUUAUAUAUAUGCGCGUUUUAUUACAUGCAACCGUAUAAUAAUGACUAUUCGCGAAUAUUCUGCGAAUUGUUCGCACCUGUCCGUUCCAAUUUUACAAACAAGCAAGUCGUGACUUUUCCGCGUGGUAUUUUAGAAGUCGAUUCGUUGCAACCGAUGCAUCUCCGACGAAGAAACAAACCCGGCAAACGGCUGUUGUCCUUCUACAGUUCCACCAGUGAUAUAAAAGCUUGUCCGAAGUUGAACAUUAUAGUUACCGAUCGGAGAGUACUUUCGCCGGAGAGUUGUCCGUAGUGGGAGAGGUGGGACUUGUGAACCCUGGAACCCCAUGGGCCAUAUAUACUACGGGCCCAUGCAGCGCUCUUGCUACUUGUGGUGUCAGCUUCUCGGUGAUCCUUGCCGUGCAGGAAACUCGCAACGGAGAAGCUGAUAACGCAAAGGUGAGUACAAGAGAGAGAAAGAGAGUGAUAUUGUUUCGCAGAGAGGAUUCCAUUUUUGCAGAAUCGCGACGGGAUUCGACAAAGUGAACGCGAGGCUUUAUCAGAAGUAGGAAGUGAUACGUGCAAAUGAAAGCCGCGAAUACUAAUAAGAUUGGCUGUGUUUCAGCAUACCGGCCUUGUAACGCUCUGUUACUCUGGGAGCUUGAACUUCAAACACGAUAGGAAUCCGCUAUAGACGCGAUAUAACUCGAUCUCGAGGUACACACCUAUAAAUGCGGCGGGAUGAAGCUACUGAUCGUGUGCGCGUUGAUAGCCGUCGCUGCCGCCGCGCCGGGUCUUCUCAGGGUACCGAGGGUUUAUAACGCAGUGAUCACAAGCAAUCAGAAUCUGUCGCCGUCGCGAGCGAUCCCGGUGAUACAACCGAUAAUUCACCGAACCGCCUACGCGCCGGGGAUCUAUUACACACAGAUAACGCCUCACUCCGUCGUGUCGGAAGUGGUGCAUUAUCCCCCGUUAUCUGGAGGUGAGGUUCUCCGGAACGAUCAAACGCAGGCUUCCUCGUCGCGUCUGGUCGAAUCGACGAGUUUCGGUAUUGCAAAAGAACGCGCAACCACAGAACGCAACAAGAACGACGAGUCGAAGAGCGACAACACGACGAACAACUCCCCGAAGAAACCGGAACCGCUGAGCUUCUAUCCGAACUAUCGUUCUCGAUACUACGUGCCGUACGUCUACACUUACAACAGCUUCAAUCCGCAUUACGUGCCCGGCACCUAUUAUGUCGAUUACAAGCUUUUCAGCACCGUGGAACCGAUUCCGGCGACCAACCCGAAGAAGAAAACCAGCAUUUUGUUACCGAGUUUUCACGACGAGGAGAGAAUGAAAAAAAACAACAAUAAACAGACGGUACCCGACGUACCGCCGCCGCCUCUUCCGACCUCCGUGCCAAAAAAAUCUUGAGGAAAUAACAGGAACUAAAUUACACGACGAAUGACAAGAAAAAAAAAAAA